AUGAGCCACAGAGCCUUCGAAUCCCUGCCGGGGGAAGACAGCUAUGCCUAUUCCCUGGCAGAUCAAAGCCCAACUGCAGGUAGUGCAGAGGCUGCGGAGGAGCGCCGACAAGAGCAUGAGCGACUCGAGGAGAUCGAGAAGAAGCUGGCUGAAAAAAAACGCCGACUGCAGGAACUAGAUGAGUUUUAUGAUCACAGACGUGAAGCAAUCCGAAGAAGGGUUGCAGACAAGCAGGACCAGGUGGACCAUUAUCGCAGAAAGUCGUCCAUGUACCGCUCCUCCCCAAAGUUCAGGAUGAGCAACGGGCCGCCAGGUUGCCGCUUCUUCCAGUUUGUGGAUGAGGCCUGGUUCGACGGUGUGGUUGCCUUGGUGAUUGUGCUGAACCUCUUGUUGAUAGUUAUGGAGUUGACAGACGAUACUAAGGGCAGCGCCUUCUUUUGGUGGGAUACGGUGAUUCUGGUGUUUUACAUUGCGGAGUUUUGUUCUCGCCUGGCGUUGCACCAUGAGGAUCUGCUGUUUGGACCCUGCACAGCAGUUUGGACAUUCUGGGUUGACUUGUUGAUCAUUGUUGUGGGCGUGCUGGACCUCUGGAUUUGUCCCCAGAUCUUCAGAGCAACGCCGCCCGCAUGGACUGCCUGGUUGCAGGGUCUCCGUGCAGUUCGUGUCGUGAAACUUGUGCGUCUCUUAAACGACACCUCCUGGGCCGAUGAGCAAGGCUUCCAGCUCUUCAUCCUCGCAGUAAUCCUCUCGAAUGCGUUGAUGAUUGGUUUGGAACUGAACUUUCCCGAUUUUCAAGGUUUCAGGUUGCUGGACAACCUGAUGCUGGCAAUCUUCACGUUUGAGAUCAUUGUGCGUAUUCGCAAUUCGGGCUGCCGGUUUUUUCACGCGCAGAAUGAAGCCUUCUACAACUGGCUGGACCUCGUAAUCGUGAUGCUUGGUGUCGUAGAGCAGUGGCUGUUGCCUUUGGUGGGCUUCUCGCUGUACAUGAGCGGAGCCGUGGAGGAGUCUCCUUUUGGCGAAGGUCAACCACAAACGCAAGCAAUGCGGCUGCUACGGCUUGCAAGGCUGCUGCGUCUCAUGCGGCUAUUACGGCUCAUCCGGAACAUCCCACCCCUGUACACGCUGGCCAUUGGCAUCCUGGAAUCCUUCCAGGGUAUGACGUGGGUGUUUCUUCUUGCCCUCGUCGUGCUCUACACCUGCGCCAUCUUAUGCACCCAGCUGAUUGGACAUAGGUUAAUAGUGCCAGUGGACUUCCCCGAGAGCGCAUCCCGGGUAUUCCCGAGUGUGGGAGACUCGAUGUUCGUCCUGUUCAAGGUCAUGAACGCCGACACAGGGCCUCUAGAGCCCCUUUUCAGCGCACUGCCUAUCUCCAAGCUGUUUACCGCAUGCUUCAUGAUACUUUCAAAUUGGGCAAUCCUGGCCAUCCUAACGGCUGUCGUCAGCGAAAACUUGAUCAGCGCCUGCGCGGACCAUCGUAAGCAGCACGAUGAUGCAGCACAGCAGGAAAAGCGCCAAAACUUGAGCAAGAUAUUCUUUAAUAUCUUCGUCAAAAUGGACGAGCAGGGAGAUGCAAACCGAAAAGUCAGCCGCCCUGAGUUUGAGAGGAUGAGAGGAGAAUUGGAGGCAGAGCUGGAAGCUGCGAACAUCUACAUAGAUAAUCUCUCGGAGUGGUUCGAGUUGCUCUGCAAAAAGCCUAGCAUCCAGGAGGACCCACAGGUUGAUCUCGAUGACUUGCUCGAUGCAUUGCACCUGCAGAGCAAGGAAGUUAGUCAGCGAACGCUGAUGCGCAUGGAGCGACGGAUUGGAAGUUUAGAGGCAAUGGUCUGCAUCCUCCUGGGUGAGGACCCAAAGUCGCCCCGCAAGCAGUCGGAAAAAACGUUCCGAUCGCAAAAUAAGGGGUGCUAG